CGUGUCUACUUUGUCCUCGUUAUUUCAAGUGAGCGCUGAGGGAGAGAGGAGAGCGAGAUAGGUGCGGAUUUCACAGAGGCAAGGCGCGCGGAGGACUUUGCAAUUAAACCGUGCUUAUUUGUAUACAUUUUGUCUGAUUUACAUAGAGAGAGAGAGAGAGAGAGAGAGAAAGAAAGAAGUGCCUGGAGAGUGGAGGGGGGGAGGAAUAACCAAAACGCAACACGUAUCCGGUGGGAUCCCACUCCUGAGAGAGAGAAGCGGCAGGAGUUGGAGCGAAGGGUGCAAGGAAAGCGAGUGGGGGAAAGAAGAAGAAGACUGGAAAGAUUUGACAUUUCGCUCGUAACAACGCGUUUUGAAUUAAUAAAGAGGAAUAAUGAGGAACGUGUGGAUAAUAAUGACCCUCGGGCUGACCGUCUUCCUCUCCGGGGAAACGAUAGCAGAAGCAGCCAAGACUUCCUCUGAUGACUUGUACCUGGAUGACACAGGCUCAGGAGGUUACUACCCUGAAGAUGAUGAUGACUUUAACUCGGGGUCUGGCUCAGGUGGAAGUGAAGAAGGGUUGGAUGAAACGGUGACUGUCAGUAUGGUUUAUAUCGAGCCCAAUGCAGCAGAACCCACACAGGACUCCACUAAAGACUUCACCCCCAGGGUGGAGACAGCCACGGUCAGAGAAAGGGCCAGGGCCAGGGACAGCACACCCAGGAAACCGCUCAGAACAGAGGCACCAGUGCCAGUUACAGAGGACAUGCAGAGGAACCAGAUGACUAGUACAACUAGUGCCCCCAGCUCACCCCAGGAGGCCAUUGAGGUCCGCACUGAAAACCUCUUCCAGAGGACAGAAGUGUUGGCAGCUGUUAUCGCAGGUGGCGUGAUCGGCUUCCUGUUCGCCAUCUUCCUCAUCCUCCUCCUGGUCUACCGCAUGAGGAAGAAGGAUGAGGGCAGCUAUGACCUGGGAGAGAGGAAACCCUCCGGCGCAGCCUAUCAGAAGGCCCCAACCAAGGAGUUUUAUGCAUAAAACCCUGCCCUCCCUUCAUCAGAACGACAAAUCGCGAGUGACUGUCAAAAGCACAGUCCAUGACAACAGCAAACCUGUUCAAAAACAACAAGAAACAACAACAAAAUGUUUUCAAGUUGAUUAAGGAAAAAUAGCAUAAAGGAAAGUUUUUGCAUAGAGUAUUGUAAUUAAGACCUUUUCUUUCUUCUUUUUUGAAAAAUGAAAACCAAGUGUUUUUCAUUUUAUGGAAAAUCUCAAUGUAUUUAAACAUUUUGUGUAUUAUUUGAAAAAUAUGAAAAAACAAAAAACAGGAUCUGUAAAGGCGAGGAAACUAUCGCAUCUGUCUUCUGUCAAAGGAGCUGUUUUUAGUCGCUGACUACUUUUAACUGUAGCAGUAUGUUAUUUGUAAAGAAAAAAAACAAUGGAAAUAAUUGAAUAUAAUUAUUCUGUAUCAAUCUUACUUUCAUUUUUUUUCUUUUUAUUUUGUCCUAGCAUGUCUGAUGUUGAUCUCUAAAGGUGUAUUACAUUAAUUUAUCUUUUCUCUGAUGUUAAAAAAAAUGCCUUUGUAGUUUUGAUGAAGCUCUUUGGUCUUCAUAUUAAAGCUGUUAACGGUCAAUGUAAAUGUUCUCCCUUCAGGUUACAAUGUUCAUUAUUUGCUCUCAAAUCCGUUUUUUAGUCAAACGUGAGCGUUUCACUAUGUCUUGUUUAUUUGUUUGUUCUCUUCUCAGUGUAGCCUUUUUUCUCUCUCUCUCUCUCUCUAUUUCAACAGCGUUUUAUUUUCAUACCAGGUCUUUAAAAGAUGAAAGUAAGUGUGUCAGGGCUCGAGAAAAAUCACAAAUCUCGCUUCUGUUUUAUGUCUCACUGAACUUUUUUUCUAUUUUAAAAUGCAUUGACGUUCACAUUGCAAAUUCACUACUUUUGCUUCCCACUGCUGCUGUCACGCAGCUUUGUGUGUAUGUAGAGUGUUCUGGGGUAAAGUUUCUUCUCCCCAAUGUGCCCCUUGAGUUUCUGACUGCACCCAAACUCUGCUAGCACCCUUCCUCCCUUCCUCCCUCACUCGCAGCUUCUUUGUAAUCAGAUUGGAGCACGGCCAAUUGAGUUGCCCCCCAACCCAUACACUUUCUUUUUUAGCUGUAUGGAACCACCCGGGUAGCCUGGUCUUAUUGUCUGUGUCCCAGUGUUGAUGCUCACUAAAAGCCUGCUACUGCUUGGGCGCAAACACACAAGGCCAGGGCUGAAUCCCCACAUGCAGAGCACAUACCUCUGCAGCAAAAAACACCAGAACCUAUCAGUUCCUCUUUUCUCAGAGGGACUGAUAAAUAAGGCUGCACAGAAAAUGUAAGACUCCAGCAUUAAGUCUGAAUAGUCUUUGACAAGAUACUCGCGUUGAGGGCUAUUCAUGUUUGUUUGUCAGAGCAGGCAUUUGAAAAGACCUUCUGUUGAGAGAUGAGGUUGUUUACCAGGUUUAAAACCUACACAGGGUGUUUGUUUUUGAUACCAUUUUGCAUCCCCCAAAUGAGAUUAAAAGGCCACAAAAUGGCUUGAUGUAGCCGUUAGCUACAUCAAAUGAAACAGUAGGUUACAGUGAAGUGACGACAACAAGUUACUCUCUCUCCUUUUUUUUUAACAUUUCGUCUACAUUAACUUGCUCAAAAGAGACACAGUCUGGCAGGUGUGUGAAGUUGCCUUUUUCAGCUGUACAGUAAUGUGAAGUAGAUGCUGUCACAUCGUCUAAACCCCUAACACCACCCACGUGAAGCUGUUCAUCCCUCCACCUCUCCAUCCCCUGUGCUCCUUUUCUUUCAAUCUGUCUGUGAUCCUUUAGUUGUCCACUUCCAUUCUUUUUCCCCCUCUGUCGUCCAUUCUUGUCAUAGGACUUUAGGUACUGAACUAUAAUGAAAAACCCAAAGACUCACAGUAUUUCUACACCCACCAUCCUCUCAUACUCACCAUCUCCACCAUGGCCACAUCAUGUUGUUUCCUCAUUCCCUUUUUCUUCACUCUUUUUUUUCUCUCUCUAUUAGAGAUCUGACCUUUGAGUCCAAUUGCUUAUUAGUAUAUGAAAAGAUAUAUAAAUAUAUAUAAAUGUAUAUUCACAAAUGUUUUAAACCUUCAAAGUGCCUACCAUUUGGAAAUGUACUUGCUCAAGGUGAGCAUGUGGCGGGUGUGUACACAAAAGAGGGGUGUAAACGACUUGACUGGCAUUCUGUGAGCAUGGAUGACUGUAAUGGUAACUUUUUUUUAGUCUUACAAAAGCUGACAGUAUUGUACCUAUAAGUUGAAACAACACUACUGAAUAAACAUUGUGGCCUAAUAA